GUUUAUAUAUCGGCUUUAGUUUAUUUAUACACUGUGCAGUAUUAACAUGAGUUUCAAAGACAAAGUGGUUCUGGUCACCGGCGGCAGUUCUGGCAUCGGAGCAGCCAUCGCCAUCAAGUUUGCACAGGAGGGCGCUAAAGUCGCCAUAGUGGGGAGAAACCAAGAGAAACUGAAGAAUACUGCCAAGAAAUGUGGAAACCCUUUAGUGAUCGUCGCUGACGUCACAAAAGAAGAGGACGUCAAAAGAAUUGCCAGCGAAACGUUGAAACAUUUUGGGAAACUCGAUAUUCUGGUCAACAAUGCUGGUAUUUGUCCAUUUGCUAGUAUUCAAGCUGACAAUGCAAUGCAGGUCUACGAUGAAAUCAUGUCUACAAACCUCCGGUCUACCGUUCUACUGACACAUCUUACCGUCCCUGAACUUGUGAAAACUAAAGGCAACAUUAUCAAUAUUUCAAGUGUCGCUGCUUUCAAAGUCGCUCUAGGUCUGUUUGCGUACUGUGCGUCGAAGGCAGCUAUGGACCACUUCUCUAGAGCGAUUGCACUUGAGUUGGCUCCAAGUGGCGUGCGUGUAAAUGUAGUCAAUCCAGGACCCGUGGCGACUGACAUCGGAGCUACCAUGUUCCCAACAAAAGAGGAACAAGACAAUUUCUUUAAAAAAGUCGUCGAUGGAACUGCAUUGGGCAGGAUAUCGGAGCCUCAAGAAAUAGCUGAUAUUGUUCUGUUCCUAGCGAGUGAUAAGGCUAGAGGCAUCACCGGUUCAAGUUAUGUUUCUGAUAAUGGAUAUUCGGUUAAAGGCGUACAAGCUUGAUUAAUUUUAUUAAUAAACGUAAUUCUAAAUAAUGUUUGGUUUGGUAUUUCUUAUCUAUAAAUCUCUGAAUUUUGCUUUGUCAUUUUGUUUGCUGUGGUCUUGGUAUUCUAAUGUAUUAAUAAAUAAGUAUGUUAUCAUUAA